AUGAAGCCCUCAACCUUCGUCAGCCUCGUCAGCUUCACAACCCUCGCUGCAGCAGCCCCUGCCGACCACAUCCGCCGAGCAAACGACAUCGGCCACCAAGUCAAAGCACCAAUCAACGCACGUCAAGCAUACCCCACCGGCACUGCCAUCUACCCAACCGGUACCGCACCACCAGUUCCAAUCUCUACCGGCAGCGCUUCCUGCCCAGUCGACGGUGCGGUGGUAUGCAAUGGACCGAACUAUUUCGGCCUCUGCAACUUUGGAUCAGUCGUGUGGCAACGGGUAUCAGAUGGCACAGCGUGUGUGGAUGGGCAGAUCGUUGGCACGGGGAUAUAUGGGGUGCCAGCACCGACGGCAUCUGGUGGGGCUUACUACAAGGCGUGA